AUGUCUAAGAAAGGAAAGAAAGUCAAAGUUGAAGAAAACAUUUCCCUUGGGCCUCAAGUUCGAGAGGGUGAACUAGUCUUCGGUGUGGCACAUAUCUUUGCCUCAUUUAACGAUACUUUUGUUCAUGUUACUGAUUUGUCCGGUCGUGAAACUAUCGUUCGUGUUACUGGUGGUAUGAAGGUGAAAGCCGAUCGUGACGAAUCAUCCCCAUAUGCUGCUAUGUUGGCAGCUCAGGAUGUUGCUGCAAAAUGCAAGGAAUUAGGUAUCAGUGCUUUACAUAUUAAACUCCGCGCCACCGGUGGCAAUGGGACCAAAACUCCUGGACCUGGCGCUCAAUCGGCUUUAAGAGCUUUAGCCAGAGCUGGCAUGAGAAUUGGUAGGAUUGAGGAUGUUACGCCUAUUCCCACAGAUAGCACUCGCAGAAAGGGUGGUCGCAGAG